AUGUAAAUUGCUUCAUAAAAUCAUUAUGAAAUAAAGGAUGAAAUAUUUAACAAAAUAAUGUUGCUUAAAAAAAAAUAUGAACCAAAAUAACUCGAGAAAGCCUCCAACAUUUUUAAAUGCAAAGUUAUUAAUAAAUUAAUAAUAAAGGGUGAUGUAAAAUUAGCAUUAGCAAAAUUAAUUACAAAAUAAAGAAAAGAACCUUUAAGAGAGUAUUUGUAAAAAUGGAAGAUAUUUACAAUUAGUGAACCAUUUUAUGAUUAAAAUUUUUCAAUAAACAAUUAUGAAAUAAAAUUACUUGCUUCAAUUUCGACAAAAGAUUAAGUUAUCAGGAAGUGUCCCAAUAAAUCAAUUUUAGUUUUAGAAAGCAACUCAACUCUCUUAAGCAAGGGGGAAAUAAAAGAUAAAUAAAGAACAGAUACAUCAAUCAAUUAACAUUUGGCAAGCAAUGCUAACAACAUAUAUUUUGAUUAUCUGGUUAUAAAUAAAUUAAAGAGAAAAAGAAAAAAAAAGUCUUCGAAAAAUUCUAAAUCUUAAAAUGGAAAUAAAGUAAAGUAAGACAAGAAAAAGUUAGGUAAAGUUAAUAUAUUCUUAAUUUACUUUAUUGACAAAUAAAUGUGUUGA